AUGAGUCCUGGCUCUUCGUCGCUAUCGGAAAUGGCACAAUCACCUGAUGUUACCAUUGCCGUCAACGACAAAUCAACUCCGAAGAAGGUAGAGCCUUCAGCAGAAACCUCCGAGGAUGAGCGCCAGCCACCUCCAGCUCCGCCAGUAACUCAACAUGCAUUCUUUCCUGACCCUCUCGCCCCAGACCCAGUCAUCUACCAUAUACGAGAAGUGACCCCGGGAAUGACUGAUGAAGAAAAGAAAGAGAUCUAUAGCGUCACUGCAUUUCCGACCCAAGAUCUUAGUGAUCAGAUCGCAGGCACCCCACCCGACAAAGACUUUAGUAAUGCAAAGCCUACCAAUCAAGUUGCACCAAAUACUUUCUUGAGCUAUGUUGAAACCUAUGUCCGUCCACUGACAGAGGAAGAUAUUGCCUUUCUACGUGAAAGAGGUGACCGUACAACCCCAUUUGUCAUUCCCUCUCGUGGAGAGCGUCACUACUCUGAGAUCUGGGCUGCUGAAGAUACCAACACUGCGCUUGUUUCUUCCAAUGACAUGAAUUCAGUCAACAAACCUAAUGGCAGCAUUGAAGACAUCAACGAUGACACAGUCGGCACUGACAAAAUCUCUGGUGGACCACUAGCCAAUCGCCUUCUCUCCCUCCUUCGUUUCGAACACCGCAGCUCACCCACCGAAAACGGCAUCACAACAAACGGCGCAGGUCCCAGCGACACGAACCUCUUCGGCAAUGACACGAGCAUGGAUCUCGAUCCCUUGACAAACGGCCACCUCGACCUUCCCGACCCCAAACCCCUUCCUUCCGCCUCCUCAGUCGCCGAGCAACAUGCCCCUAAAUCCAGCAACAACACCUCAAACGGCGCCAGUACCUCUACAAACGGCACCGGAACCGGCCAUCCCCCACCCGACGACCGCAUCAAACUCGAGCUCCGCCACCUCGGCUUCCUCGGCGUCGACGAAGAACCCGAUUUCGCCGGCCACCACGACGACGACAUCUCCGUUCGUCUCCGCCUCCUACAAUCCGAACUCAAGAAAGUCAUGAUCACCAAUGGUGCACGCAAAGCCAGACUCCUAGAUAUUGCUCGUGAGCGACUGGCAUACCAGGAAUACAGCACCAUACACGAAGAUCUGGAUAGCCAGGUGCAGCAGGCGUAUUUGAAGCGGACGAGGACACUGGGGAAGAGCAAGAAGGGCCAUCAUGGACAAGGAGGCACAGGUGGGGGCGUGGGGCGACCGAGACCCGGCAAUGCUGUUAAUGGUAGUGUUGCUGGCGGACAGGUGGGUGCAGGCCUGGCGAGACAGAGGGAUAUCGGUGAUUCGGCACGCAUGUUGAUGGAUCGACGCAAGCGCUGGGAGGAUUGUAUUGGGCCUGUCUUUGAGGGGAUGAGGCAGGGCGUUCCUAAGAGUGUCGAGGCUGGUGGGGAGACGUUGUGGGAUGAGAGGGUCAUGGAGAGGUAUGAGAAGGCGGAGAGGGAGGGGUUGGAGGAUGAGACAGAUGGAUGA